AUGGAUUCCAUUAUUAAUAUCAGCAACUUAAGUGAUCUUAAGCCUUUCAAAUCUGUAUGGAGGGUCCAUGUUAAAGUUCUUCAUACAUGGACUGCGUUCAAUCCCAAUAAUGGUUAUUGGGUCCAUGUUAAAGUUCUUCAUACAUGGACUGCGUUCAAUCCCAAUAAUGGUUAUUCUCUUGAGAUGGUCUUAUCAGAUGAAAAAGUAAGGUGUUAA